CAUAAAAUAAAAUUGAGUAAAGGAGGCACGCACUAGCGCGUGAUCCUUCUCCACCCCUAGAAGUUCACCCAUUAGUUCGUUGGACAGCGAAUCAGCGACGAGGAGAGAGAGAGAGCUCUCAACUCAAAGAUGGCGGCCACGUCAUCAUCACUACCCAUAACCAGUGGCGGCCUCAGCUUGUGCGCCGCACAUUCAUCCCUCUCAAAUCAUCACUCUGCAAAAGUCCUCAAGUGGGGAUUCAGAAGAGAUGAAGACAGAAAAUUGGUUACUCAUAGAUCAAAGGGUCAAGCAUUUCGUGUCUUGGCAAAUCCUAAUGUGUCACCGAGCAAGGGCAGGUCAAAGAAAGAAGUGAUUAUGGUUGAUCCAUUGGAAGCCAAAAGGUUAGCUGCCAAACAGAUGGAAGCAAUUAAAGCAAGAGAGAAACUAAAACGAAGACGCCAGAUUGAAGCAAUCAAUGGAGCAUGGGCCAUGAUCGGUUUAACAGCAGGCUUGGUCAUCGAAGGUCAGACCGGAAAUAGUAUUCUGUCUCAGGUACCGCCGUUUUUAUGCUCACCUGCCUUUGAUUAUGUGAUCACAAUAUCAGCUUGGUGAUUGCCUACCUUUUUAAUCCAUUGCCUGAUUGUUGUCCUUACAGUUGGUUGGAUACUGGGAAGCCAUUGUCCAUUUUUUUGUCAGAUAGAUACUAUCUUUUUGGGCAUUGACUAGAUUGGAAGAAGAAACUUCAUACCUGAAUCAUUCUUCAAAAUUGAACAUCUUUAAUGUACACUUCACGCGGUUCGGUCUCCGUACCAUGUGAUUCUAAAUUUGGAUGUAUUUCUGUUGCUAUUUGUUGUAAAUUCUUUCCAGACAGAUUGGAAAAAGAGUGCUCUUCAUGGUAUGUGAGAAAAUUUUGUUUUUUCCCCCCA